AUGUUAAAACGGCGUAAAGCAAAAGGUCAAGGAAAUAAAGAUCAACUUUUAUCAGAACAAUCAAUUAUACCACCAGCUAAUAAAACCUCUAAAAUACCAAUAAAUAAUUCAACAACAACAAAUGGCAAACAAGGAUCAUCUAUUCAGCAAAUAAUUUCAAAUCCAAUUAAACCAAUAACAAAACCAUUUUAUUAUGAUAAUCUUGACGAUAUUCCGUUUAUUGAUGAAUCUCGACCAACAAGUGUUGUUGAUAUCGCACAAGUUUAA